CAGGCUGUAAGAAACCUUCGAUGAUAACGUGUAUGAAAUCAUUUCAUUCAUACCUCUAUCCUCUUGUUGGCUCGGAGUCAGAGAUCACUGGCCAACUUUAGCGAUCACACUUGGCGGUGGCGUUGCAAGUUUCUCAGAAAGAAGCUGCCAUUCAUGUUCGACUCCUUCCAUGUCCUCUUCAAACUCUCAGGAACCUCCUACCGACAUUUUCUACGAAAUUCUCCUCAAUUCUGGAGUGAAAGACCCCUCUUUUCUCUGGAUAACCUGCCGUCAAGUCUCGCGCAGCUUCAAAGACGCAGUCGAACGCGUCUUUGUCGCCAGACAUCUGAAAAAGACUUGGCUUCACAUUGAUGCUGGUAACUGGUACUCCCCUGAACACGGCAAAGUCUUCUUUGCCCCCGAAUUCAAAUUUUCUCGUCUUGACCCUGCCAAUCUCUCUCGCGCGAUAUACAGAUACGAUGAAUGCCAUGAAGACUUUCGAGACGAGCUCGCUCGUCGACUGAGGCAGAUGUUUAGGAAUGGCCCCUCACUUGAACGCCCAAGGGUGAUCAUUCAAGUCCGGCGCAGUGCGAAUGACACCAUGUUACCGGAAUUCCAAUCCACCUUCGAUCCGGAGUCGAAUGUAUUCGAAAUCAGCUUUGAUUGGAAAGGGAUGUACAGCCAUUUUUUCCGAGAGCAGAAAGAAGUGAACAGGAGGAUACAUGAUUGGGUCGAAGGACUCAAGGACGAAGUGAAAGCCGUCAGAAACAGCCCGGUAGUGGGCGACAUAGGCUUCGGCGGAUACUUCAUGCGCAUCAUGGAUAUAUAUGCAAGCAAUGAUAACAAAACUUGCAAGACCAUCCGCUCGGAGAGGAUAAGACGGAAUGUGUUGGAGAAUGAAGGCAGGGUUGUAUCUGGACAGGACGAUGUCGGGUAUCAAAGAGUCAAAGAAGAGGAACGUGCCAUUGGAUGGGAGGACCCUUAUAGUGACGAGGAAGAGAGUGAAGAAAAUGAGAAAGACGAUGCUGAUUCAGAAGGAGACUGGGAGACUGUCGAUGAAUCAAGUGACGAAGAUGGGGGUAGUGUCGAUGAUGGCGCACGACGAUCGUAACUAGGAUCGUUAAACCAGCACUGUUUACAGUGAGAUCUGGUGUUUGAGACUCGUAGUCCGGAAAGUGUUCCUUAUAGAGCCCAUUCACAUGCCUUGAUACUAUUAUACCUUUCAGCAGAAUAAAAAAUUCGCUACACGAUAUUUCCGAUAAUAUUUGUCUACCAGUCUCAAAUCAUCGCAGAUUGAACGGGGUAGCAUGUGUCUUCAAAUAGGCUGUUGGAGCCUUGGAGGACUCCUAAGUAUAUGAC